UCAGUUGUCAAAAAAUGACUUUCUGACGUGAUUCGCCGAACAUAAAAUUACUUGAAUUAUUUUUUUUAAUAACAUGGGAGGCUCGCAAAGCACAAGAAAACUAAGCGUGGAUAACGAAAAUGCUAUUCAAGUUUCCCAGGACGCGUUAGAAAGGAUACAGGCUCAACUGGCCGCGAAUCAAGCAUCUCAGCCAGCAGCGCCUGUGGCACCUCAGUUCGUCCCGCCUCAGUACUACGAGUCGCGAAGGCAGCAACAAGACAACGCGGCAGAGGACGCUUACUGGGCUCGGAGGAUUGAAGGACUAAAGCGGGCACACGAGAAAAUCAACAGCGGGAUGCAGAUUGAAUAUCAAAAGACUCUAAAAGAGGCCAAUGAUUUGUUUGAGUUAGCGCAGAAGGAUAAAAUUGCCAGUAAGCUACCACCAUGUCAAGAGGAAAAAGCAAAGGUCCUGCAAUGCUACAGCACAAACCCCAACAAGUCCCUGCUGUGUGCGGUGCUAGUGAAUGACUUCAACGAAUGCGUUUGCAAGAGCAGAGUGGCCGCCGUCUCCGCGUCUUGAGCUAACACACAAAUAACGCUUCCCACUGAAUGUUUGUCAAAUUGAGUCUAAUACUGAGACUUUGUUGUUUCUGCAAAGUGUAUGUACAAGAUAUUUAGUACUGAUUUAAACUGUAUAACAUUUAAAACUUUCGCGUUUUGUACACAUAUUAAAUCACAUUUAAAAUCGGGUCUAUCGUGAGUUUAUUUUGUUACCUUUAUUUACCGACGUUUCGACACAGGUUUCACUGGUCGUGGUCGCGGCUAACUGAUGUCCCAGCAAAAUGUCAAAACAGAGAUUUGUGUGACCGAUUUUAAAUGUGAUUUAAUCAGACUUUUAGCAAUAAGAAAAUUAAUUCCUCUUAUUGUAUCUGUGAUUAUUUAUUGUUAGUAAGUUUAACUAAGUUUCGCCAAAGAUUUUCCUAGGCAAGCGGAAGAUGUAAAACAUCCACCAAGGAUAGCAAUUAUACAUGUAGAAAAUCUGAUGUCUUAUUUAUUUUAGCCAGAAAUAAAAUCCGAUUGCCUUUAGACAGCAACAUAUAGUUUAUUGAAUAUACUUUAUUCUGCAACAAUAUAUUUUUUCAUUAAGCGUUGAUGUCAUGAUCUCAUUUCAUUAUCAUAGAUUUUGGCUAAAAACUGCAAAAUUUGCUGUAAAUUUUUUAAUAGAGAAUGAUUUGAUAAGGCAUAGUUUAAUUUAGAUUGGAUGAUCACUCUUCUAUAUAACCGCCUAUACCAAAUAUUUUAUAAUUUUUUUAAUAUCACACAUACAAAUAGAGGUGUUACUUUUCUGAAAUAUAAUUAAUUUUGUUAGAGUUUGUGCUGAAAGAGAAGUCGUGAAAUGUAUGGAAACCAAUACAUUCCACGACUCUUCUCUCUGAUUUGAUGAAUAACAAGAAAAGUUAUAUGCAAAUAUCUUGUUUUUGGCAUUUAUAACUAUUGAGUACUGUGAAUUUGCACCAUAAUUGUAUAGUCUUAGGGUCUAAUAUCCUACAAUAAUUUGAACAAAUGUUCAGUGGAAAGAUUCAAAAUAGUGAAGAUUCCUAGCCGGAAAAGUUAUCAAUUUAUGUAAAGUUAACACUGCAAGGGAAGGUUGGAAAGUAGUUUUAAUAAUUUAAAUGAUACUGCUGUAUGAAUAAACUGUUAAUUUAA